AAUCUUUGGUUGAAUUUCUUUCUUGUUGUGUUACCAUUUGGGUGUUGUGUGACACGCGUUUUGUAGACCGAGAGGAUUGGUUCGAGCUUAGUUACAAGAUGGCCGCCGAGUCGGAUUCCUUCGGACGGCGUCCGCUUUUCCUCGUUGUCUGGAAGCUUUUUCGAUCAAGAAUCGUUCGAUAAAUUUCAUGAUGAAUUACAGAAAAUCCAACAGCUGAUCAGAACAACGACAUGUGGCAAGCAGUAGCUUUUCUUGUUGUGGUCAAUGUACAAUUUAAUACAGGUGCUGGGCCAACUUUUCUACGGGAACCUACUUUUAAAUCUGCCAUCAAAGGAACUACAGCUACUUUUGACUGUCAAAUAGAUGUCUCACAACCCAGCUACCACUGGCAAAAAGAUGGUAGUAACAUCACUAAAGGCAGCAUCUCUCUUUCUGGAUCAGUGUCAUCGUUGCAGAUUGAUAAUCUGAAGUUUUCUGAUCCUGGGAAUUAUUCCUGUAUAGCUACAGACAGACAGUCGGGUCAGAGUGGUGAAAGAACAGGGACGUUAGUUGUCAAAGGUAAGCCAAGUAUCUUGUUUAAAGCACCCUCACCAUCAUCAACCUAUGUUGGACAGUCUGCUGUAUUUCACUGUGUCGUUGCUGGAGAUCCAGACCCUGUUGUACAUUGGGAAAAUAGCAGCAACUCAAUCAUUACCAGUGGUGGAAGGUUUGAGGUGUUCAGCAAUGGCACCCUAGAAAUAAACAAUUUGCUGAAGACUGAUGAUGGGAGCUUGUACACUUGUGAAGCUGUCAACUCAUAUGGUACCACAGCAGCAAGCGCAACCUUGCGUGUCAAUGAUCCUCCUGUUCCUCCAUCAUUUACUACAACACCAGUCAACAAAACUGCUUUGGAAGGAGGACGAGAAACAUUUUACUGUGCUGCUGAUGGAAUCCCCCCACCAACGAUCACGUGGAGCAAGCUAGGUGGGAUCAUCACUGCUGAUCGACGGGAGGAGCCUUCCCCAGGUGCGCUAAGGAUUGUCAAUCUUCAGCCCGAAGAUGAUGGCACUUACAUCUGCACAGCGAAGAACAUCCUUGGAAAUAUAACAUCCCAGGCAUUCCUGCAUAUUGAAGGUUAUCCCCGCAUAACAACAGCACCAUCAAACAAAGUGGUCAGAGAAAACUCCUCCGUCCUGUUUUCUUGCAUCAUUGAGGGUACUCCCAUCCCCCAUGUAGAGUGGACCACACCUAAUGGCACCACAGUUAGCAUGCUUUCUCAGCCCUCUGGCACUAUAAGAGUACUUUCAAACAAUUCUCUGCACAUCACCAUGGCAACAGAAAGUGACGCUGGAAGAUACACUUGUAAAGCUGUGAAUAAUAGAGGAGAGCGAUCUGCCUUCGCUAUGUUGACUGUUCAAACUCCUCCAAGAUUUUCUACACCUAUGAUGAACAAAACACAGAAUAUCAAUAGCCAGCUUGUUGUGGAAUGUGGAGCUUAUGGCAUGCCUGUUCCAGAUUAUCAGUGGAUAUUUAAUGGCUCAGUUGUCACACAGCAUCGCAGCUUGAAUUUGAGUUCUUUGAGACUUGCUGAUCAAGGAUUCUACAAAUGCAUUGCAAACAACUCAUUAGGAUCAGCUAAUGGUAGAUUCUACCUAACAAUUCAAGUGCCACCAAUUUUCACCAUGUCUCCAAUGAAUCAAACAAUUCCCAAGGGACAAACAGCCUCGUUUUCAUGCUCGGCCACAGGAGACCCACUUCCUUAGAUCAAAUGGUUAAAGUCACAGGACUCCAUCAGCAAUGACUUGCACUUCAGUGUUUUACAAAAUGGGACAUUGGUGAUAAAUAGUGUUUCUGAACAGGACAGUGGUUGGUUUACUUGCCGUGCAACGAAUGAUGCAGGAACAGUACAAAAGAGGGCAUAUCUUUUAGUUGCUGAUCUUCCUGUAUUCACCAUUGUGCCAAGUAACAUCACAGCUGAUGAAGGAAACAGAGCCACGCUGUCGUGCCGUGCCAGUGCUACAGACAAGCCACAAAUUACUUGGAUGUUGAAAGACAGCAGUGGACUGGUCACCAACAUUGUACCCACUGCCAGUAUACAGGUGGAUCCCAGUGGGGACCUGAUGUAUACAAGCGUGAAGUCAGACAACAGAGGAGAACACAUUUGUAAGGCUUGCAAUGCUGCAGGGUGUAAAAGCGUUGAUGCCUUUUUGAAUGUCUUAUUUGCUCCACGUUUUCUAGUCCCUCCCAAGCACGUGUACGUUCUCAAAGGACAAACGGCUGUUUUGGAGUGUAAACCAGAGUCCAGUCCCCCAGCUGUUAUAACUUGGUUAAGAAAUGGAGCAAACCUUCCUGGGACGGGAAACCAGUACAGUGUUAGUGACGUAAGGGCAGAAGAUGAAGGGUCGUACACGUGUAAAGCAAGAAACAACCAAGGCUCAACUCAGGGAGUGGUUAAGUUGUUAAUUGGAACUAAGGCAGAAAUAAAAGACUUCAAACAGACGCCAUCGCAGAACAGCAAGGUCCGUAUGCAGUGCAUUGUGGAAGGGAUUCCUUCUCCUGAGGUGACCUGGUACCUACAGAAUACGAAGCUACCUUACAAGCAAACGUUCCCGGAUUAUGACGUCACUUCAAACGAUGUGUUAAUCCUUCCUCAAGCAUCUCUUGUUAAUAAUUCAUUUCUAUGCAACUGUACCAAUCCUCUGGAUUCAGUGGCACGCUUUGCAAGAAUUCCCGAGGCACCGUCACAAGUUUCGGUGACUACCAUCAUGGAGACAUCUUUACAAGUGUCAUGGCGUCAGACCGAUCCUUUGGAACUCAUUCUUCAAUACAUGGUGCAAGUUAAGUCCGAAGCGGGAGACUGGGAACAGGUUAAUGACACCAUACAAGGAAGUUCAGUUCUUGUGAAAAAUCUAAACUCGUUCACUGGUUACAGCUUCAGAGUGAGGGCUAAGAAUGGACUGGGAACUAGUCCCUACGGUCAACCGUCGCCAAAUGUAACUACUCUGGAGGGAGCCCCAUCACCUCCAAGAGAAUUGAGACUGACUGUAAAGAAUGCAAGUGUUAUUCUUAUGUCGUGGACCAGACCGGACGUUUUGAAUGGAUACCUCAGGACUAUUCUGUACAGAAUAAACUACACACCUGUUAACGGGAACACCUCAAGGGAGUCUUUCAUCCAACACUCUUCCUCUGGAAGCCCACAGAAUUUUACUUUGCAAGGCCUGUCCCCUGACACGGUGUACAGUAUUAAAGUUUACGCCGGAAGGAGAAGAAAUGAUGGCGUGGAACGAUGGAGUAAAGAGGUUUCAAAAACAGCGACCACCCUGCAGUUAGUUCCCCUUACACCGCCUUUGGACUUAACGGUUCAGUCUAAUGGAGCUUAUCAGGUCAUGGUCAAAUGGAAGGUUCCUUCUUAUUCCAUCGCGGGUUACCAUAUAUGGUAUGAACAAUUUGAUGGCAAAGCUGAGUACAAGAAGGUAGUAAUAUCCCGGAUGACAGACACGGUUUAUCUGAUAACGGGCCUGGAACCUGGUACAAAAUACGAAGUGAAAGCCCGGAUGUACAGCAAUGCAGGGAUCGGUCCGUUUUCGGAACUACAAUUUGCCACAACUUCUGUUGAUGCUUUUGCGGUGUCGUCAGAACAAAGUGGUGGAACCCAGUCAUCCGGUUUAAAAGUCGCCAUUAUCUGUUUUUUGCUUGGUGUUAUUCUGUUACUCGUUAUCAUCGGUUUUGUUUGUUUUAAACGACGGCAGUCCAAGCGUUCUCGUCAGACUUUCCGCAUUGAUAACCGAGAAGAUCCUUCUCUCAAAUACGUUGUCCAACAGAGGAAUACAAGCACUUCGCGAUCGCAAGCAUCUACAAGUGACAGCAGUGAAGGAAGCGUGGAGGGACAGUACAACUUCGCCGCUGAAGAUGACGAGAUCGACGAAGGAAUGUUCGCUGGCGACAGGAACUCUGGUAGUUAUCUUCAGGAUCCUGGGCUUCGUUACCUGGACCCGGCUCAGUUCAAUCAUGAUACCCCGUCAUUCCUCGAGCGCAGCGUGGAUGACGUCAUCCGUCUUGAAAACUACAAGCCGCGGAUUAGUCCCAGUGCUUCGCGCAAAAACGGCGCAACGGUAUAUGCUGACGUAGAAACAGACGACCUCAAUGACCCGUCCAAGGGCUCUGACGGGGUAACCAAACCUGGACCUUCGAAUGAUGACUUACUCGGUAGUGAGCCUCCUAAUUGGGUUCCUCCACCACCUCCUGUCAAUAUGAAAGAGCCUCCAGUUUACUCCCCAGAGGAUGAGAGCAGAGGGACUAGUCCGGACAAAUUAGUCGGGGGCUCUGAUGAGACUAAUAAAUAUUGCCCCUCGGCUGAUGGACCUUCGUCCAGCGAGGGCCCUUCGGCAGGUGACUUUGUUACUCUUCGUGAAACAAAACCCCCGCAAUACCCCCAAGGUGAUCAUUCGGCUAAAAUGAAAAGCGAAUCGACCGCUCAAGACAAUUCUGUAGACUCUGCUAAAAAUGAACCUUUGGCCGACAGAUCUUCAUUUCAUUCUGAAGACACCUCUGAAGACGACGAUACGAUUGAUUGGCCCCCGCCACCCCCUCCCCCGCAGAAAUCCUCGUAUCAGCCUGACGAUUCUGACUGGGAACGACCCCUCCCUCCUGAAAUUAUUGCGCUUCCGGGAAAAAGAAACCGCGUUGCAUCGUGGGCGCGCGACGAAGCUGAAGGCUCGAAUGAUUUUGACGAUUUGACCAAGAUUUGAAUUAUAUGACGGUUUAUCUCUUUAUUUCUCAACUCACUGUUUGCAUUCCGUUCGUAUUUACAUAUAAAUGACAGGCUUAAGAUGAAACUUCCAAGUAAAGGUAGUAAUCUUAAAUUAAUGAUGUGUACAAGUGGGUGGGAUAAGUAGAUAGGCGCAUUAUCUUUAGAGUAUUUUUCUAGCAAUCUAAUUAAAAGACAAAGAAGUUUCAAUCGUUUUAGCUAGCACGCGGAAGUACUUCCUCUAAACUUAACAGCGUGUAACAAGGCUAUCUACCCUGUUUAUUAAGCGUCAACAGGAUUUAAACGUAAGCCGGUCUGAGACCAACUCCGUCCAAGAACUCGAUACAAUAUUAAGGGUGUAACUGUCUUGUACUUUUUUUGAGCAGUUUUAACGUUUUUAUGUAUCCAUUGUCAGCAUUUUCAAUUUUCAACGUGGUGAUAUCACAGGAUUACUGUAUCGCGGUAUUUUUAAUGUCUUCAAUUUUUCUUUUAUUAACAUGUUUCGUAGCAAAUUAAGGGUUGAACCAUUUGACUUCUGAGGGGGGUGGGUGGGUGGGUGAGUCGGUAUAGUCACGAUUUUUUUAAUCCUUCCAUGCACUAAGAAAUUUUUUUUCGGGACGGGUGUAUGCGUGAAAUAUUUUUACUUUUUUUCGGCUCACAGAACGUGCAGGAAAUUUGUUUCGGCAGUGGUCGUGUACAUGAAGUAUGCUUGCAGGAUCUUUUUUGUCAAAAUCACCACCCCCCUUCAAGAGUCAAAUGGGUCAUCCCUAAUAAGGGCUUAAAGGUAAAAGGUAAAGUCUGCAUGCGAGCCAAGUGGCCCAUCAGGCCGGAGCUUAUCCCAGUUUCUGUAGGAUGAA